GCCGCCCGGCAGUGGCGCGUCGUCGGCCAGUAGCGAAGCAUGUUUUUUGUGAUGCAAGCAACUCAUUUAUGCCUUCACCGCGAUAAAUACGAUCGAUAACACAAAUCCGCGUGGAAAAAUAAAAACGUUAGCCGUAUCUGUAAAUUCAAUUUUGCGUGCGGUUGCAAUUUAUUGAAUCGAUUCGUACAGUGUCGAUUGAGAUAUCGAUACUUACAUCGCGUGACACCCGGCGUCAACAAUGUAGCCAUAGUGACACAAACUGUUGACGAAUUGACGGAGGUUAAGUGAAAUUGUACGAAAUAAGUUACGAUAAAAUAAUUUUCGAUGUUUAUUUACUUUACGAAUAAUGUUAAAAGUUGAGCGUUUGUUGUUAUUAAAGAGCAUUAUCGAGAAUCUAUUUUAGUAAUACAUUUUUAAAGAAAUCACAAUGGGGAAUGGAAUGAAUAAGGUCUUGCCGGGUCUCUACGUGGGGAACUACAGAGACUCAAAAGACCCUUUACAAUUGGACAAAUACAAAAUAACCCACAUCCUCUCCAUACACGAUUCUGCCAGAAGAAUACACGCUGAUAAACACUACCUCUGCAUCAUGGCGUCCGACUCCCCCGACCAGAAUUUGACGCAGUAUUUCAGCUUGUGCAACGAUUUCAUACACGCGGCGAGGCUGAGGGAUGGCAACGUAUUGAUACAUUGUUUGGCUGGCAUGUCACGGAGCGUGACGGUGGCGGUGGCAUACAUCAUGUCCGUCACCCCUCUGAACUGGCGGGAAGCACUGAAGGUGGUGCGAGCAGGUCGCGCUGUUGCCAACCCCAACCUUGGCUUCCAGAGACAGCUGCAGGACUUCGAGACCUACAAGCUUGUUGAAGAAAGAAGGCGUCUCAAAGAACGGUAUCCAUCCCUGGCCUUAGCAGAUAGCGACAUUGCGGAGUGCAGAGUGAUGCUCGACUCCUACCAGACCAUGCUCAACCAGCGCACCAUUUGCGAAGGGAAAUGCGCAAUGGGCCGCCAGUGUCCCACUGGUGUAUGUAGAACAGGUUCGAAGAGGCAGCCGCGACCUCGACGGCCGUCUACAGCGUCCACUGCGGCGGAACCAGGUGGAUUGAAGAGAUCACCUUCGACUUUGUCCACCGCUUCCACUACGUCUAGUUACCGACCACGAUCAUCGCCGGCCGGACUUUAUAGUUAUACUGGAGUUUCAUCCCGGCCGACGAGAUCAGCAUCGGGGUUGUCAGUAACUCGUGUGUUGGAUCCAGUGGGGGGCGGUUCAGGGAUGGCGGUGGGAGGGAGCGAGUAUUCCCGCCGGCGAGCUGCGUCGGCGCCCACGACGCCUGCGCUGUCGCCUGCGGGCUCGCCGCCUGGGUCACCUCAUAGAACACCACAUAGGUCUCGGGCCGUACAGCGGUGUUCGUAGCACACACAGUCCUCGCCCCAACGUCCAGCCGCUCGACGCCCCGCGCGUCUGACGUCCACCCGCUUUACUAUUAGUUGAGUCCUUGCUGAGUCCAGAUAUGAAGCUGCGUUCAGUGUUGUCAUUUUGGAAGCUAGCGUGAUAACAGAGAAGGAAAAAGUCUCUCAGUGUGUACAAAUACCUAACACUUCUUUAAUAAUUAUUCUAAAGACCCAGGAGUGGUGUUCGUAAUCGACACAGUCUCCGCCCCAACGUCCAGCCGCUCGACGCCCCGAGCGUCUAUCGUCCACCCGCUUUAUAUUAGUUGAGUCCUUGCUGAGUCCAAGCUGUGGUCAGGGUGUCGCCUUCAACUCUAAUGGCAACGAAGAAGGACAGAAGUCUCUCAGUGGAUACAAAUCAUCACUCUAGUACUGUAUUUUAAAACAAACUGUACUGUAUUGUGUAUGUACUGUACUGUAAAAAAGUCCCUCCGCCAAGUUUGUUUACGUUUACGCGCAAAUCUCGGAAUCCACUGAAAGGAUUUUCAUUUGGUUUUCACAAAUGGAAAGACUGAUUUUUCGAAAAGGUUUAGGUAUGUAAACGUUAAGUGUAAAUGUGCUGAAGUAUGAUGAUAAUAAUUGACGAUUAAAUCGCCGAAAAUCUAGCUAACGAGCUUAUCUGGUGAACGCUAUUCAAACCAAUAUGAAAGGUGCCCAUCACUAGCAAUUUAUAACACUUGCAACAAUAAUUACGCAAGUUUCGGAAGUCACUUUCCAAUAAAAACUACGAAUGUAGGUAACUCAGUGUAGGUUUUAUUGCAAGUAGACAAUAAUGGACAUUAUACAUUAGAUUUAUCAAAUAAAUCUAUGCAACUUUGUACUACUAGUGCAAAGCCGAAGCAGGUGGCUUGCAAUUAUUUAUAAAUUGUAGUUGUCUAAAGCGGCCCUCACAAUUCACGAUGUAUGUCUAUUUUUAUUCCAAGAUGAUCGCACACUGCCCCAAGAGUCGCAUUUUCAAGUAAUAAAAAUUACCUGCCUCAGAAAUCGCACCCGGUAUGGCAGACUAGAAGCGCUUGGCCUUGUAUGCGAUCACAUAAUUAAUUUAAUGUAUCCUUGUGCAAGCCUACUUUACGGGGAAAUCUUACAACACACGUUUGCAUAUUAUUACUCAGGCGUUAUACGCAACCUAAACGAAAUUAUACAUUAGGACAUCACAUCGCUAAGGACUGAUUGAUGCUACAGGAGUUGGACUAUAAAGACUUUACCAAAUGCGAUACUUGAGUUUAAGUACCUAAAGGCGUGUUGAAAGCGUGUUGCAAGUAGAUAAUAGAUACCUAGUGUUUCUGAAUAAAGCUAAAGUAAGUGUAUAUUCUAUUGUGCUGGGCUGUGAGGAAGUUUUAGUGUAUAGCUAAAAGUUUUAAAAAAAAUCGUUAAAAACGCGUACCUACCGAUAUUUUGCUGUAAUUUACCGGUAUUUGUGGUUUUUAUUUUAAUAUAUGUAUGUGCCUAAGUUUUAAAACAAAAACUGGCAAAAGUUAUGUUCCUAUAGCAGUCCAAAAACUUAUGUUUCCUGUGCGUAAAUUCAGGUUAGUUAAUUAAAUUGAUGAUAAAAUUAGGAGGGAACAAUUUUUAUUUAGGAACCGAAAAAUUUAAUUUUAUUUAACUAUUGAUCUCUAGUAAGAAAAGGCAUAUUACCAUUAUGGCCACGAUUACAUUGCAUAAACGCGAAACGUUACGAACUUACCAUUUAUUGUUAAAAUAGUGCCCACAUAGGUGCUACGACGACUUCUCGUAGCUACGCUACAGAAGUAUCUCGUAACGCUAUAGUGGCUACGAAUGUACUACAUAGCUACGAAAUAGGCGCUACAUUUUCCGAGAAGCUACGGUAAAAUCUCGUAGCUUAAGCAAAGCUAUAUUAAAAUUACCUAAUAUUGUUGCAUUAGACGCUAAGAAACUUCUUGCAACGAAAUAAUUACUACAAAAGACUAAAGGCAUAGCUCAUCUGGGUUCACUAGUGACAACGCGGCGCCCACUGGUGGAGCAGUUGUAGACGAGUGGACGCUGAACGACGAGGUGGUGCUGGUCGGGUGCCGGGUGGAUCUAGUGAGCUAUGACCUUGAAACGUUACAGUACCUGCGUAAUAAAACCAUUAGAACGGUACGAAACUAAUAAUUGUGUCUGUCACUUCUGUCAUUGUAUAAACCAAGAGCUGGUUUAUUCAAACUUAAAACGACAGUGAAUUUUUAAGCGAACCCUGUGAUGGUGAAGAGUUUAAAAUAAUGUUAAGAAUGUUUCAAAUUAUUAGUUCUAAGGGCUAAAAAUACGCCCAAGGCGCAUCGCUCACCGGACAAAGUAGAGGCGGGCGCCACUCGCGCAGGCUAGGGUAUAAAAAUCUGCAAAAAAAGGUUCCCUCGCUGCACAAUGGCAAAAACAAUGCAAUAGAUAGAAAACUUACAGGCACCUGCAAUACAUCAACAAUUGACGCAUAGGUACAUCGAUAUAGGUAAUAUUUCCGCUUGUUCAAAUUGAUCACUUGAUCAUUCUUCCGAAAAAAAAACAGCUGUUGCGGUAAAAGUCGAGUUUUAUGGAACCAUCGUGUCUUUCCACGCAUCUAUGCUGCUUCGUUUCCGCCUCAACUUUGCAGUGCGCGAUGAGCUUUAAGUCGUAUGCUAUAAUAUUAUUUGAAGUAAAUGCGAUGGUAAUAUACUUAAUAUGUAUUUAUAAGACAGCUGAUACGCACAGAUUGGCUGCGUAACAAAUAAAUUCUAAAAUAUUUUAAAUAUUUAAGUUUAUAAAAGUUAAGUGCUAGGCAGUUUGAAGCAAAGAUGAAUAGUUGUUAAGCGUCUGGCUGGAACAGACGAAGGUUAAAGUGAAACUUUUAUAUUGGUAAAUAAAUGUGUGAGAGGGGACUAUGUCAGCAAAAAUCUUGAUUCCAAGAGUGUCUAACUAUAAAAACUUUUAAAAUUAUUAGUUUUUCUAAUCUCUCAAAUACUUACUUAAGCUAAUUAACUAUAACCUAAUGUAUAUUUCUAUAUAAAAUAAAUUAUCUAAAGCUAAAGGUACCUUUAGGGGCUGCCUUCGAAUUCUUUAUAAUUUAAUAACAACUAAUAUUUUGCUGGUGAGUUCUUUAUUUUAUGUAGAUAAUUAACUUAAUGGAUUUUUUAUGACAAAAUGUGCCUAUACUUAAUUCCUAUAUUAUCUGCAUGCUACGAUAGCUUUAAGUUAUUUUCUUGUACCUUUCUAGGUUGUGCUAAAAGAGGAACAAAGUGCAACGAUUCCCUCACUACUUACCUUCUCUUUGCUCAAUUAUAGUUACCAGAUUAUUUUGUUAAGGUAAUUAAUCACGGCAGUUAUUUGUGUAAUCUAACUUAAGAAAAUGUGAGCCCAAGUAGGUUACUUAGAUACCCAUAACCCAAUACGAUACCUGAAAACCAAUGAGGAGCUGGAGAACAAAACGGUGUAAUUGACCUGAAAAAAAAAACAUUACAGGAGCAAAAACUCAAUGAAAGCUGCUGAAAUUUUGUACCUAUGAAGGUACAGUUUUGAUCGAAAUCACGAACUUUGGACUCAAUUUUAGUAGAUGCAGUUUUACGCCGUUUUGCUUGGAAAUGAGUAAAAGUAAAAGGGAAGCUUGUAUUCAGUGUUCGAAAUCAUUAACUUUGUACUCAAUAUCAUACAGUUUUAUUUGCUUAAAAAUAAGUUCAGAUAUUUUAUAGUCAUCAUCCUAAAGCUUCAGCAUAAAAUAACUGCAUCAGAUUUGUAUAGUACAACUAGUAGCUAUCGUGAUAUAACUCUCUACAAUGCAAAGUGACGGUCUUACCACAAAAAUCAAACAAACGUUAAACGCGUGUUUAUUUUAAAUCUGACAUAAUAUUACAUCUAUUUAAUCAUCAGUUAAGUAUUUGUUAAAUUUUUGUGGCAAGACCGUAAAGGUCGUCACUGACUUUUAUUU